AUGAUUUCCUGUAUUCCGAUAAUUUUUGUCGACCAAAAGACUUAUCAAUUUGGAUGGGCCCGGCGGCCGUCGAUGCUGCUGGUCUGCGGACCUUCGAAGGCGGCCGUCUAUGGUUUGCCAUCCUGCUACCGCUCUGCAAUCAUCAAACCUCAUCUCCAAGGAGUUUCGGCACGUGAAAUCCACCAGUGUUUUGGUGUACAUCGCAGUGUCAUCUACAGGACCAUUAAACGCUACAGGGAGCUAGGAACCGAUCCGGAAGAGGAAGGCGUGCCACCGUCGCUACCACGGAAAGAAGUAAAGAAGGAACGAUCAAGGGUGCUGUUCAGAAGAUUAAGGAACAGACGCAUCAAAGGGAUGAGGAUGAGGGAUCUAUUCACGGAGGAGAAGUUGUUCACAGUAGAACAGGUGAUCAACAAGCAGAACGACCACGUCUAUGUUGUUUCGAACCCGCACGCGACUGCAGGCCGUUCUUCUCAUCCUGCUUCUGUCAUGGUUUUUGCUGGAAUCACGGCUUGCAAGACACCACCGUGGUUCGUUCCUGAUGGGACUAAAGAGGAUAGACAAAACUGUCUGGACAUUUUGAAGGAUAAAUUGCUCCCCUGGGCUAAUUCUCACUUUGGCAACUUCUGUACCUUCCAGCGGGACGGGGCCCCCGCAACACAGUUCGACUACGGCGCAACAAUGGUGCAAAGAAAACCUUCCCGACGUAAUCGCCUUUAA